UCACUCCACACAAGACACACCGCGUUCUUUUUGAUAUCUUCUCCUCUCAUUUAUAAUCCCAUAAAAAACUCCUCUUUAUCAAACUAAAUAAUCCCCCCAUUUCUUUCUUUCUUUCUUCCUCAUCUCCUUCCAAAAACAAAAAAUAAACACACUAUUUCACAUUUUUUAUUUUUAUAAAUAAUCCAAAAAUUCAGAAAUUUUAAACAAAAAAUCCCAUAAACCCCAAAAUCCAAAUCCAAUCUAAUCCAGUUUUGCAAUUAUUUAUUCAUAAUCCAAUCUCAUAAUUCAUCAUCCCACCACCACAUGCAAAUCCACCACCCUCUCUAAAACCUCUCCCUUUUGCAGCCACCAUGACACGGCGGUGCUCUCAUUGCUCCAACAACGGCCACAACUCUCGCACCUGCCCCACUCGCGGUGGCUCCAACAUUAACUCUACAACCGCAACUGGCGGGGGUGGUGGAGGCUCUUCAACUUGCGGUGGUAGUGGUGGUGGUGUGCGGUUGUUUGGAGUGAGAUUAACAGAUGGGAACUUCAUAAAAAAGAGUGCAAGCAUGGGAAAUCUUUCUCAUUAUCACUCAAACUCAUCAGCCGCCACAUCACCAAAUAAUAAUAAUAAUAACUCACCAUCUUCCGACCCUCUUCAUCUUGUUGAUGGUUAUCUAUCUGAUGAUCCUAAUCAUGCUUCUUGCUCCUCUAAUCGCCGCUUAGAAAGGAAAAAAGGUAGACCCUGGACUGAGGAGGAGCAUCGACUGUUCUUAGUCGGUCUUCAGAAGCUGGGUAAGGGAGAUUGGAGAGGAAUUGCACGCAGCUAUGUGGUGUCGAGGACUCCUACGCAGGUGGCAAGUCAUGCUCAGAAGUACUACAUUCGACAAACUAAUGCCACUCGUAGAAAGAGGAGAUCAAGCCUUUUUGACAUGGUUCCGGAUAUGGUAACGGAGGAGCCUGAGACAGUGGGUGAAGAACAAAUACUCCCUCCUCCCCCAGAAUGUAGAGAAACCGAGAACAAAGCUUCACUGCCAUCAUUAGAUCUCUCUCUUAGUACAGAGGCUGAGCCCAUGGAAGAAGAAGAAGAAGAAGUAAAAGAAGUAAAAGAAGAAGAAGAUCCUCAGAACAAGUUGACACCAUCAGUUCCUGGUUUCUUUGUACCCAUUCCAUAUCCACACUUGUGGCCAGAAAAUAAUAAUAAUAUUAAACAGCAACAUCAGGUCUUAAAGCCCACCCCAGUGCUUCGGAAAGAAGCUGUAAAUGUCGAUCAACUUGUGGGAAUGUCUCAACUCAAUCUCAGUGAGACUGAAAAAAAUACCCAUCCUCAACUCUCUCUAAAUCUUCUUGGUGCUCCAUCGAGACAAUCAGCAUUUCAUGUCAAUGUUCCUGUCACCAGCUCUGACUUAAAUCAAGGAAAGAAUAGCGCCAUUCAAGCUAUCUCAGGAUAAUCUUGUAUUUCAAUUAAUCUCUUUGGAAAUCUUCUGUUUAAUAGGGUGCUGUUAGCUGUCCUUAGGAUUUGAAGUUUUUAUGUCUUUGGCUUAUGAAUCUCGUAGAUUAAAUUUCUAUUAGUUGAUCCAUCCACAUUCUUUCUCCCUGUAAGGAAACUGAAAUAUUUCAAUAAAUUGAAAAAACAGACAAAGGGAAGCAAAAUGCUCAUCUUGUACAUCAUCUUUCAA